AUUCGCGUGAUAUAUAUUUUUUUUAGUAUACAAAAUGCGUGAAAUUGUUCACUUCCAAGCCGGUCAGUGUGGCAAUCAAAUUGGCGCCAAGUUUUGGGAGGUGAUUUCGGAUGAGCAUGGAAUCGAUCCAACCGGCACCUAUCACGGAGACUCGGAUCUCCAAUUGGAACGUAUCAACGUGUAUUACAACGAAGCCUCCGGGCCGAAAUACGUGCCGCGCGCGAUUCUGGUGGAUCUCGAGCCGGGCACAAUGGACUCCGUGCGAUCGGGGCCUUUCGGGCAGAUAUUUCGACCGGACAAUUUUGUGUUCGGACAAUCCGGCGCCGGUAACAACUGGGCCAAGGGUCACUACACCGAAGGCGCCGAGCUGGUCGACUCCGUGCUCGAUGUGGUGAGAAAGGAAGCGGAGAGCUGCGACUGCCUUCAAGGUUUUCAGCUCACGCACUCGUUGGGAGGUGGCACCGGGUCCGGGAUGGGUACUCUUCUUAUUUCGAAGAUUCGAGAGGAAUAUCCGGACAGGAUUAUGAGCACGUUCUCGGUCGUGCCUUCGCCCAAAGUCUCGGACACGGUUGUGGAACCUUACAACGCCACCCUUUCGGUCCAUCAGCUGGUGGAGAACACCGAUCAAGCUUAUUGCAUCGACAACGAAGCGCUUUAUGAUAUCUGCUUCCGCACACUGAAGCUUACCACUCCAACGUACGGUGAUUUAAAUCAUCUCGUCUCCGCUACUAUGUCCGGUGUGACUACUUGCUUGAGAUUUCCCGGCCAGUUGAAUGCCGAUCUAAGAAAGCUCGCGGUGAACAUGGUGCCGUUUCCUCGACUUCACUUCUUCAUGCCGGGUUUCGCGCCUCUCACGUCCCGAGGGAGCCAACAAUAUCGCGCUCUCACCGUGCCGGAACUCACUCAGCAAAUGUUCGACGCGAAGAACAUGAUGGCGGCCUGCGAUCCUCGCCACGGUCGAUAUCUCACCGUCGCGGCCGUCUUUCGCGGCCGAAUGUCGAUGAAGGAGGUGGACGAGCAGAUGCUCAACAUCCAGAACAAAAACAGCUCGUACUUCGUCGAUUGGAUACCGAACAACGUGAAGACAGCUGUGUGCGACAUUCCGCCACGCGGUCUCAAGAUGUCGGCCACUUUUAUCGGCAACUCCACCGCCAUUCAAGAGCUGUUCAAGAGAAUUUCCGAACAAUUUACCGCCAUGUUCAGGAGAAAGGCUUUCCUCCACUGGUACACGGGCGAGGGUAUGGACGAGUUGGAGUUCAACGAGGCGGAAUCGAAUAUGAACGAUUUGGUGUCCGAGUACCAGCAAUAUCAGGAAGCCACGGCGGAGGAGGACUUCGAAGGAGAGGACGAAGAAAUGGAGAAGUGAACGGGAGAAGAGAAUCGCGCGCGAUCAAAUUUUUCGUGCGCGGUCUCGCAUACUGUGCUUUUGUUAGUCUUUUACAAUGUUUUUAUAUGUUGUUUACGUUUUUGGAAAACAUUUUUGCCACUUGUACUUGUGUGUUGUUCGUGAGAUUUGAUAAUAGAUAUAUGCUAACAAAAAUAAAUAACAAAAUGCGUACGUGUCUACUGUUCUUACGUCGAAAGUUUUUAUAUACGAUAGCUUUUUUCUCGCGAAUUAAUAUAAUCUGUUUUUUUUCUCACACAUACAGUUAGAAGCGUAUUGUCUUCUGUCGCGUGAACGGUGUUGCAUCGGUAAUAUUUUACAAACAAAGAGCAUUAUUUCGCGCAACUUUAUAUAAGCGAGAACAUUAUGCAUACGCAACGCAAUUACAUCGUAUCUCAACACGGUCUUGCAACAUUAUCAUCAGAGUUAAUGUCCGUAACGCGAUUUAUAAAUACGCGCGUAUCUCUGAAAUAAACGAGACGAGCACGCAUUAUUUAGACGAGUUUAUCGUUAUCUGAUGACGUUGAUGAAUGAAGUCGAGAGAAAAAAAAAUGGAGAUCGCGUGUUAUCGCCCGGCGUGUCCGAGUGUGUCGAUUUACACAAUUUCUGUGUUGUGUAAUAUUAUUAUUAAUAACACGCGAGAAUUCGCGGAACAAUGAUGUGUUCUUACAUAAUUUGCGAGGAAAAUAUUACAAAAGAUAUAGCGAAGAAAAAAGUGUAAAAUAGUGAGUGUGUGCGAUUUAAAAACAAAAAUGUGACAGAUUUGUGGGAACGUCCUGAGAACAAAAAAUUUUAAAAUGGCUUGAGGUAGUGUAACAGUGUUUUUAAAUUACAAGCGAUUAGAAGGAUGAUUUUUAAAAACUGUUUUAUUGCAAAACUUUUCAGUCCACACUCCUUUAUAGCAACAUAUCUGUGUGUGAUUAUCAUUGGGUCAAAGCUGAAUGUAAUACAGACGCAUCGGAGAUUAAUGAAGAGAACACCCAGCAACCUCUAAUUGUUUUUCUACAUAUCACUCAUCAUCUCAAGAAUGCAGUUGUUCUUUUUUUUUUUUUUUUUUUUCAAAUAUUUAUUU